AUGAACUCCAUUAUAGAGUCACAUGCUCAUGUUGGCUCAACACCUAUCCAAGACCAAAUCGUUACACCUGAUUAUAAUAUUGAUGCCUUAUUCCUACCCGAUUGCCGUUAUCUUACAAAUACUCAACUUAGAGACGAAUUUGUAAAGCAAUUGACUUCUAUCAAAGAACUUAAAUUCAAGCUUCUGAAGGCUUUGUUCAAAGUUGAUAUAAAAAGAGACUGUCUAAUUUUUGGUGUGAAUUAUUACUUUCCCCAAUCAUCAACAAUAGUUGUUUUUGCACCAAUUGUAAUACUUGAUAGCUCAAAAUUCAUUGGUUAUUACAAAUGCUAUCUUGAUUUUCCAAAAUUCAAGUCAUUAAAGCAUUUACUGACCCGCCUGACUGAUUAUAGCUUUAAGGAUGAUCUAACAUUCAAGAUUAUUGGGGUCGAAUAUUUAAAGACCUCUAUCAAUUUUGCUUUUGAUCAAAUAGAGGAAAUUAAAGGCUUUCCUCAAGGCGAUUUAUCUUAUUUCUAUGUGUAUACAGAAGAAUCCAUCAAAAAUGAUCAUCCGUUCUAUUUAGGAGUAAGUAAGCAAACAGAUGUUCAAGAAAUUAAAACUUAUGAAAUACACCGCUCAUUCUUUUUCAAUUCUAGAGAAUUCCGAAAAGUUCAUCUACCUCCAAAGAGGAAUUCAAAUAAGAUUUGCAAUUCAAAUAAAAGCCACACUGGCUACUCAGAACUCAAAGAGCAUGCAGAUUGA